CAGUUGGCGUCGAGCGUUUCCUUAAGGCAAACGCAGCUUUGAUUUGCCUUCCGCGUGUGCUGCUCCGCAAAAGGAAAUAUAUUUAAAAAAUAUCUAAAUAUUCGCGCGUGUGUUUUCCGAUCACUUAUAUUCGUUGAUAAUGGCUUUGGUGGCCCAUCGGAUGAUGUUGCCUGCGCGGCAUCGACGCAACACCACCCAGCAGGUGGCCCGCAACAAGGUGGGCGUGCUGCUGGUUCCCAGUGUGGCGGAUUGCUACGGCGCGGAGAUGGCACCCGGCGUGGCCACGCCUCUACCCACUCCGGCCGCCUCCCAGCUGCACCUGCCACAGGAUGCGGCAGAAGCAUCGGGCGAUGGCAGCGGCUCAAAAGUGAGUGCAACAAGUCGGUGCAACGACCCACAUUCGGUUGGUUGUGCAUGGAAAUGGAAAGAAUUUCCACCGGGGAUUUCCACCGAAAUAGCAGCUUCGUUUUCUUGUUUUUCCUUCUCCUACGGUUUAUGUUUUUGCCUUCUUUUUUUUGGCUACGACUGGCGCCAGCUUUAUUUGGUCAAAUGUGUGCUGUGCGAUUUAGGGACAUAG